AUGCCGCAUAUCCUACCCGCAAAUUCCAGUCUCGAGGAUGAAUGCUACAAUGCGAUUCGCAAGUUCUUCGAUGAUCUCGAGGCCGACGAAACUGCCUUGUUCGAGGCUACUACCAAAUCGCAACAGCUAUUAGAUGAUCUUCAAGAUGUUGACAAUAAACACAAGGCGUCGAUCUCAAGAAAGAUCGCUCCGAAGUUGAAAGUCUUCGUUGCUGGUGUUGAACAGUUUGGAUCGGCCUUGGAUAUCGUCGCAGGAUCCGUCUCGCUAAUGAGCCCUAUUUGGGCUUCAAUUCGUGUUGUUCUCAAGCUUGCGGGUGACUAUAGCGAGUAUUUCGACAAGAUUUCAGACAUGCUCGAGGAGAUUGGCUAUAUCCUUUCCUGUCUUCGACGAUAUCCACGCCUGUACCCCGAUAAUCAGAUUAUAUGCGAGUCAAUGGUAGAGAUCUUCCAAGCGAUUAUCCAGUUUUGUACCAGAGCUCGAGAUGUUUUCCACCAGGGGAAGAAACACCAGACCGGCAUCAGAGCGUUGAAUCCAGUCGGCCUUCACGCAGCGUGGAAACUCAUCUGGAAGCCCUUCAAGCUUCAAUUUGGUGACAUCAUGGAUCAAAUCAGAUCCUCCCUAACCAGAAUUGACCAUGAAGUCGACAUUGCAGAGAAGGAGCUCGCCAACAAGGAGAGAAGCAAGGCAGAGCAAGAACGCCAGCUGCAAACAUCUCGCUGGGAUGCACUUCAAUCGCACCAAAAGUCAGUCACUGAAUUUAUCGACCAGCAGCGGAUCGAUUAUGUGAACCAAUGGCUGUCACCCGUCAAUACCGCUUCAAAUCAUACCUCAGCUACAAAAUUGCGCUACCAGGGAACAGGAAAUUGGUUUAUCGAUGGACAAGAAUUCCAGCAGUGGUUAACAACCGAAAACUCCUUCUUGUGGCUACACGCUAUUCCUGGAGGUGGCAAAACUAUCCUGGCCUCUACUGUGAUCGAGUGGCUACGCACUCAUGAGAAGAACAGUGAGGUUGCACUGGCAUACUUCUACUGUGAUUACAAGGACAAACAAAAGCAGUCACCCACCAAGAUCGUUAGCACAUUAUUGUGGAUGCUCGCAUCUCAGGACAACGAUGUGUUUGGAAGGAUCCAGGCAUUCUUCGAACGACAAUGCAAAGAGAAUCCGGCAUACACCCCAGAGUUCGAUGAACUUUUGAACAACUUUAGCCAGUUUGUUGCGAACAGCUUUGAAACUAUCUUUGUUGUGGUCGAUGCUUUGGAUGAAAGUGAAGAUAGGGAAUGUGUGGCAGAAGCUCUGAAAAGGAUAUCCGGGACCUGCAAAUGCACUAAGGUCUUUGCUACGAGCCGCCAUGAGAUUGACAUUGCCCGGGCCCUCGAAGAUCUACCUAGUACCACUAUUGCGGCGACAGAUGUCGCAGGAGAUAUCGAGUUAUACGUGAAAGCAGAGGUAGCCACCAAAAUCAAGAUACGGAGACUGAAGCUGAGAGAUCCGAAUCUUGAGAGUGUCAUCUGUGACACUCUAAUUGAUGGGGCACAUGGCAUGUUCCAAUGGGUGAAAUGCCAGCUCGACCAGCUUUGCAAGCUCCGUAACGACAAAGCCGUGCGGAGCGCUCUCAACGAUCUCCCCAAGACAUUACACGAUACCUACAUCCGGAUUCUGCAAAAGGUGGAGGCCGAGAAUGCGGACGAUGUGGAGGUUGUGCAUCGACUGCUGAAGUGGCUAGUUCGAGGCGUGCGGAACCUCACACUGAGCGAGCUGGCGGAGUGUGUCAGUAUCGACCUCAGCAAUCCUGAGGAGUCGUUUGACUUCGAUGCUGUUUUCACAGAUGCGGAAGAUGUUGUCGAGCUUUGCGGAAGUCUGAUAACUCUCUCGUCUGAUGGUCAUGUUGCUUUGGCCCACUACACUGUCAAAGAAUUUCUGGUGUCUGGAUAUAUCAAGGAUGCUAUGCCCCAGUUUUGGAUUGGCUGUGAUGAUGUUCAUGCGGAGCUUGCGAGCAUUUGCCUCACAUAUUUGACUUAUGAUGACUUCUCUGGAGGCGACGAGACAUCGGGGGAAGCUUUAUUGCAAACCUUUCACGAGUACAAAUUUCUCCCAUAUGCUGUGCAGGCAUGGGGUUCUCAUGCACGCCUCGGCGACAUCAACAAUACCAAUGAUGCUGUCUUCGAUCUGACCAUGAAAUUGUUUGAUACGGGUCUUGAGGCUGGUAGCAACUACGACACUUGGCACAAGAUUUAUUUCCAUUUACAAAAAGCCGCUGGGCAGCGGCUCAAGGCUUCCAACAACGAUCCUGUUUAUUUUGCGUCCCUGUUUGGCUUGUCUCGAGCCGUCUCCGAGUUAUUGGAAAACAGCCCUGACACUUAUAUCGAAGAGCCGCUGAAGGCGAGUGCUAGUGCUGGACACGAUACGGUAAUUGAAGUGUUUCUCCGUCAGCGUGAUUCUAUCUGUGCAAAUGUCCUGGAACAGUGUCUUUAUCUGGCUGCAAGUCAAGGACAUGAUCAAGUGGUACAGCUUCUGCUCAAAAAUGGGACUGAUGUGAAUGCUCGUGGGGGAAGACAUGGCACAGCCCUCCAGGUCGCUGCUCUCGAUGGGCGGCAUUCGGUGGUCUUAACUCUCCUUGGACAUGGUGCAGACCUCAACGUGAAAUGUCAGAGAUAUGGCGUACCUCUCGCUGCCGCUGCCGAGAAAGGACACUUGCACACGUUCCAGGUUUUCCUUGACCAUGGUGCCAACGUGAACGCUCGUGGUGGUUGGUACGCCUAUCCUUUGGUAUCUGCAAUUGUUGGUCAGAACAUGCAGAUGGUCGACACUCUUAUACAGCGUGGUGCCAAUGUCAAUGCUCUGGGUGGUCGGCAUGGAAGUGCCUUGAUGGCCGCAUCAUCCAUGGGGAUGUUGGACUUGAUUCGCUCGCUGGUCUCCCAUGGAGCACGGGUCAAUGACGAGAAUGAUAAAGGCACUGACAGCUUGUAUGCGGCAUGCAUGGCGGGAAAUCUGGACUCCGUGAAGCUUUUGUUGGAACUUGGGGCUGAUGUUAAUGCAAGAGGAGGAAAGCAUCGCAACGCACUCAAUGCAGCGAGUGCUGGAAACCACCUCGAGAUUGUCCGAUAUCUUCUGGAUGCUGGAGCAGAUGUGGAUUUCUUUGACGACCACUAUGGGAACGGUGUUCUGACGGCGGCAGCUGCCGGGUAUAACGACGUUAUUCGCGUCCUGGCUGAGGCAGGAGUGGAUAUCAACGCCCCUAUGAGUGAUCGAGGAAGUACGCUCAUUGCAGCCGCUCAAAACGGCCAUACGGAGACACUUGAGCUUCUUUUUGAGCUGGGAGUCCCUUCUGGAGAUACAUACGAGACGAGCAAUGCCAUCAUGGUGGCUGCGAACAGGGGACAUCUAGACGCCAUCAGAGUCUUGGUAGAGAACGGAGCGGCCAUGGAUGAUUGCAGCACACUCACCACGUAUCCCCGCUGCAGCCCACUUGAAGCUGCUGCUGUGAAAGGGGAUCUGGAGACCGUGAAUCUGUUGCUUGACCUGGGCGCAGAUGUAAAUUUCGUGAAUGAGGAAAACUAUGGAAGUGCCCUCAUCGCCGCUUGUCUUGGAGAUUCCAACAUUGCCGUGGUGAAGCGACUACUCGACGCAGGGGCCGAUGUCGAUGCCACCCCACAUACUGAAUUAAUCUGCUCUGCCCUGGUCGCGGCCUUGUCUCGUGAGGAUUAUGAAAUUUGUGUAACUCUCCUGGACCACGGUGCUGAUCCGAACCUGGCCUACGCCUGCUAUUUGACACCGCUGAUGAUGGCAAUGAAAUGUGCGGACGACAAGUUCAUACAGCUACUGAUCGAUCGUGGUGCCGAUAUCAAUCUGGCUAUCGAAGUCCCGGAUUCCGAUGCUACUAGCAACGAAGAUGGAUGCGUGACGCCGCUCCAAGCUGCGGUUCACUACGCCUCCAAUGAGACGGUUCAAAAAUUGGUCGAUUUGGGAGCUGAUCUUUCUGUGGACCUGGAAGAUGUACGGUUCGCCACGGCGCUGCAAGUUGCGUGUCAUCAAGGCGACGUGGACAAAAUUCGCCUAUUGAUCGAUGCAGGGAGCGAUGUCAAUGAAGUCGGUGGUGUAUACGGCACGGCCCUACAAGUUGCAGCACAUCAAGGCCACCUUGAAGCAACACAAGUUAUGAUUGAAGCCGGAGCCGAUAUCAAUGCUUGUGAUGGCGAUAGCUGUGCGUUGAUGGAUGCGACUGAGGAGAGCAACUUGGAGGUCGUCAAGCUACUGGUUGAAAAAGGAGCGGAUGUCAACCUCUCCGUGGGAAAGAAACAUUCCUACGAUUACGCGCUUACCGCAGCUGCCUUUAACGGAGAGGACUCGAUCAUUGAAGUCUUGAUUGAAGCAGGAGCCGACGUGAACAACCGAGGAGGAAAAUGGGCCACUGCUCUCCAAGCUGCCGCUGCUGAGGGUAAUGAAGAUUCUUGCGAACUCUUGCUUAAGAAUGGCGCAGACCCGAACAUUGUUGGUGGUAAAUACGGAACGGCACUCCAGGCAGCUUAUACUUCUGGAUAUUAUAACAUCAUCGGAGAUCUCUUCUACCACGGUGCAUCAGUGGAUCUACAGGGUGGGCAAUACGGAACUGCUCUGGGUGCAGCCAUGUCAGGUUCUUGUCAAAUAUUGGUUUCUGCCCUCCUACGACAUCACGAUGCCAAUCCAAAUGCUCCAAUUCGGAAGUGGGGAACUCCGCUCAUACAGGCUUGCUCCGACGUGCGUGGAGAUAAUGCAUAUGACAUCUUGAUUGACGUGGGAGCAGAUGUCAAUGCUCGAGGUGGCUGGUACGGGGCCGCUCUCAUCUGCGCGGCGGUGCAUGGAGAGGAGGACCGAAUCAUGGCGUUGUUAGAAGCUGGGGCGGAUGUCAAUAUUCAAGGGAACCCGAAUUAUCCAACUGCCAUUCAUGGAGCAAUCAAAUCCGGAAACAUGUCAAUUCUUCGACUGCUGGUGGAGAAAGGUGCAGAUAUUGGAUCCUCCAAUGCCUGGCAUGUCUCUCCUGUGGAGUCUGCUGCGAAGGAGGGUAAUCUGUCCAUCUUGCGCUACUUACUCAAGCAAGGCGCCGAUGUCAAGCCUACUGGCAAAGGGAAAUACCACAACGCUUUACAGGCUGCUUGCGUGAAUGGAAAUAAAGCCAUUGUCAAGACUCUGCUACGGCAUGGCAUCGACAUCAACACCAUCGGCGGAAAAUUCGGCACGGCGUUGACAGCUGCUGUUUUACGUGAUGAUGUUGAUCUCGCUGAAUAUCUCUUGAAGAAAGGGAUCAACCCAAAUGCCCCCGGUGGUAUCUAUUCCGGUGCUUUACAAGCAGCAGCUGCCUCAGGAUCGACGUCUUGCACCCUCCUAUUGCUCCGAUAUGGUGCCGACGUCAAUAAGACCGGGGGAAAAUUCUUUACGUCCUUGCAGGCGGCUGCCGGGAGUGACAAUUAUGACCUGGUUCAACUUCUUCUUGAACGAGGCGCCGAGGUGAAUGAUUUUGGCGGUUAUUGCUAUUCUGCUCUUCAUGCAGCUGCAUUAUCGGGCUUGGACUAUAUCUGCGAGCUUCUCAUGAAGAACGGAGCACAGUGGAGCCUGCCUGAUGCCAAGCUAAACCAUCUAGCUUCGUGGCAGAUUGAAACUGCAACUGAUGUUCUUGAAAGAUGUAAGGACCGGCAAGAACGCGGGUGGCCGGAGGAGGAUUCAGACGAUGAAUGGUCAGAUGAAGAAGAUGAUGAAGAAGAGGAUGAGAGCGAAGACGAAGACGAGUCAGAAGAAGAGGAGGAUUCAGAAGAAGAAGACGAUGAUGCCAUUCUGAAGCUAAAUGUCGAGGCAAUUCCGUUGUUCGACCUGCCCUACCAUCCCUCCAAUCCCUCGAAAACCUCUAUCACGACAGAUGAAUCUGAAGACUCGGACAUUGAUCAUUCUAAGUCGAAUAGUGCUGAAGUUGGGAUCGAGAAUGAACUAACAAGCACGGAGGAUAAGUUGAAAUUCUCCUUGAACAGAACGAAUACCACCGGCUGGUCUUCAUUGGAUUGGGUGAAGAUUGAAUGUGGACCAGAUGGGGAUUUGGGCUAA